AAGCCGUAGAAGAAGAGAUGUCGUCCAUUUGCCUGUUAGUGAAUCAAGAAAGGGGGAAAAAGAUGUCAAUUUGGUAGAUCCCCCAAUUCCUCCGCCGGCCAUCCCGAUGGCGGCGCCACCGCCGGAGCCGCCGAUCCUUCGAACCCACGACGAGCUCCUCGAGGAGAUCUUCCUCCUUCUCCCCACUGCUGCUGACUUAGCCCGCGCCUCCCUGGCGCGCGCCUCCUUCCGCCGUCUCAUCACAGGCCACGCCUUCCUCCGCCGCUACCGCACCCUCCACCCGCCCCCUCUCAUCGGCGUGCUCGAAGUCGACGACAAUGCCUUCUUCCCAGCCCAGCCUCCGCACCCCUCCGCCGCCGCCGCCCGCACUUUCGCCGGCUUCGACUUCUCCUGCUCCUCCUUCCUCCCCUCCACCGCCGGCCGUACCUGGAGCGCGAUUGAUCUCUUCGACGGACGCGUCCUCCUCGACGGCGCCCCAGAGGAGAGGACGUGCGACUUCGACCACCUCCAACUUUUGGUCAGGGAGCUCGCUGUGUGCGAUCCCGUGUUCCGCCGCUACAUCCUGCUGCCCGCCGUGCCCGGCGACCUGACGGCACUGGUCCCUGAACGGGAGGACCUCCUCGAUUUGGACACUUUCCUUGCUCCCGGUGAUGAUGAUGAGGACCCUUUAUCAUUCAGGGUCAUGUGGUUGGUGCGAUGCAGAAGGAAUAUGCUGCUCCUCGUCUUCUCCUCUGUGGAUGGGCAAUGGCAUGCUCUUACAUUUGACCAAUGCAGGAGUGUUCCUGGGACAUUUGACCCAUAUAAGGAUGGGCUGAUAAGUCGUCAAUUCGUCGGCCGACGCUUCUGUUGGCAUCCGCCUGUCCUCAACGACUUGCUUCUGCUUGACACACACUCCAUGGAGUUCUCUGCUGUCAGCCUCCAACCUGAACUACUGCAGUGUCAGUGUGACGACUUUGUUGUUCUGGAGGCAGCACAAGGAAUGCUUGGGAUGCUCCUUGUAAUCAAUGACGGGCACAACCAUGAUGGCACAUACCGGCUCGAGUAUUUCGUUCUGAGAAAUAACCAGUGGCGCUCAGAGAAGGUCAUCCCGUUGCCGGCAAAGUAUGAUGUUCUUCUGUUUGGUGUAGCCGGGGGAUACGCGCUCAUACACGCACACUACACCCCAUCUUUACAAGAGAAUCCAGUUUAUUUUUCAGUGGACAUCAAGACAUUGCAGGUAGACUUCUUCGGCGAAGGCUCCGAUUGCUCCGAUAGUGGUGAACUAUAUGCUGGUUUCCCACCAUCAUUGUGUGCACCAACUAUAUGAAGUGGUGGGUAUGUUAUCCGCUUACUUGCAAAAUAAUAUGAUUCAGGCGCUGAUGCCACGUGGCCUAGGAAGAAGAAUUUGGUUCCUCUGAGCAUGUUGUGGUCAGGAAGAGAAGGUGAUGCGUGGAUCGGAUGUAUUUGUUUGUUCAAUGCCUUUGCCGUGUCGGAAGCUAUGAUGCCCAGUUGCAGCAUUUGAACUUUUAGGUCCUGACCGUUCAAAACCUGAACAUCUUGUUACUGCAAUGUUAAUGUCUAAAAGCACGGGUAUGCCCUGCUUAGAUAGAACCUGAGCUUGCUUGUAUCCACUGAACUCCUGCAAUGGCAAGGAGGUCUAGAAUAUUACUGGAUGAAAUGCUUUGUUUCGAUGAAUCACAAGUAAAUAUUACUACUAGUAUGAUGUGUCAUUUUGGCACCA